CAGCCAAGCCACCAUCACGGGUUUCAUUCAGAUUUCUUUCUUCCCUUUUUACUACUCCUUCUUUCUGUGCUGAUCCAGGUCCAACUCCCGAGAAACACACACAGAGAGACCUCGCCGCUGGGGAACUCCUCAGCCCCUUCGCCCGAGCCCCAUCCUCGAUCAGUCAAUCCCCUUCCCUCUGAUCCGGGGAGGAGGAGGAGGAGGUUGUUGGGCGAUAUAUCGGUCGGGAUGGCCUCGACCCCGCAGCCGCCGCGGGGGGAUCUCGCGGCGCGCCUGGAGGCCGCCGCCGUCGCGCCGCCGCCCGCCGCCGCGGCGCAGGAUCUCGCGGCGCUCGGCCUCGCUGCAGCCAGAUCGCUCCGCCACAGGCCGCCUCGCCACGGCGGGCAGAUGCAGUCGGGUCCGGUUGAGCACCAGAGCAUUUCAGGGUCGCUGAUCCACUCGAUGAUCCAGUUCUGUGGAGCGCCCAAGUACUUUAUGUUCAACGAUCCGCAGCCGGUGAUCCCGCCGCAGAUGGCCGCGCAACCCAAUCCCAGUCUUCCGGUGGCCACCGCCCUCUCGAGGGCCACCAACAACGAGACCGACAACCCUGAGGACUGGGAGUUCAUCUCAGAUGAGUCGCUCAACUACAUCAGCCGGAUGCUCAUGGAGGAGGACAUCGACGAGAAGGUCAGCAUGUACCAGGAGGAGUCCGCCAUGCUCCGUGCUACCGCCAAGCCGUUCUAUGACAUACUUGGCCACAAGUUCCCUCCGUCUCCUGAUCGCAACCUCCCUUGGUCCCUUGACAGCCCUGGUGAGAGUAGCAGCAGCAGUCAUGCCCAGUCUUUGUCAAGUGUCAUUACUAGCUGCAGCAGCGGUGCUGUGGAGGAUAGCAACCAGAGCCGUAACAUUGGACACUGCGAGCAGCUGGAAGCUUAUCGAGGCUUGCAUGGUCAGUCUUUUCAGCCAGUGGUUAGCCCAUCAAGUGGUGUUUCAGAUGCAGCAGAGGCAUUAGCAGAUCCUUUGAUCACCAAUGGCAGGAUCCCUGACAACUUGUUUGAGAGCCUCCCAAAUUGGGAUUUCAGGAGAGGUGUUGAGGAAGCGCAGAAGUUUCUCCCUGCUAGUGAUAAGCUAGUAAUUGAUUUAGAAGCUGCUGAUGUCUCAACGUCUCAAGUAGGGAAAGAUAUUUCUUUGAACGGCAGCAAGCCAGAGGUCUUGAAUGCUAAGAAAAACAGACAGAGUGAAGAUCUUGACUUGAUAGAAGGACGAAGCAUCAAGCAAUCUGCAUUCUGUUCUGAUGAACCUGAUUGGAUAGAGAUGUUCGAUGGUUUGCUUCGUCAGACUGAACAGAAGGCUACAGUUCUGCGAGAAAAGAUGCGUACCGAAGCUUCCAAGAAUUCUCAGGUCACUCAGACAAAAGCAACAACUGGGGUGCGGACACGGGGCAGGAAGCCAACAAAAAAUGAUGUGGUGGACCUUAGGACCAUCCUUAUCCACUGUGCUCAGGCAGUAGCUGCUGAUGACCGCCGAACAGCUAAUGAGUUGCUAAAGCAAAUUAAACAACAUUCUAAGGUAAAUGGGGAUGGCAGCCAGAGGUUGGCGUUUUGCUUUGCACAGGGUCUCGAGGCUCGUUUGGCUGGCACAGGCAGCCAGCAGUACCACAGGCUUGUAGCGAAGCGGACGACUGCCUCUGACAUGCUCAAGGCCUACCAUCUUUACCUUGCAGCAUGCCCAUUCAAGAGGCUCUCGCAUUUCCUCUCCAAUCAAACAAUCCUGAGCAUGACGAAAAAUGCAUCGACAGUGCAUAUCAUUGACUUCGGCAUUUAUUUUGGCUUACAAUGGCCAUGCCUCAUCAGGCGUCUCUCCAAGAGGGAAGGUGGUCCACCAAAGCUGCGCAUCACGGGAAUUGAUGUACCUGAGCCAGGUUUCCGCCCUACUGAGCGCAUCGAAGAGACAGGACAAAGGCUUGCAGAGUAUGCUGACAGGCUUGGUGUCCCUUUUGAGUACCAUGGUAUAGCAUCAAAGUGGGAAACCAUCCGUGCUGAGGACCUCAAGGUUGGCAAGGAUGAAGUGGUGAUUGUUAAUUGCCUAUAUCGGUUCAGAAAUCUUAUUGACGAGACAGUUGCUGUAGACAGCCCUAGGAAUAGGGUGCUGAAUACCAUAAGGCAAGUGAACCCAGCAAUUUUCAUCCAUGGAAUUGUGAAUGGGUCGUACAGCGUUCCCUUCUUCAUCACACGUUUCCGUGAGGCAUUGUUCCAUUUCUCUGCAUUGUUUGACAUGCUUGAGGCAACUGUGCCUCGAGAUGAUGACCAACGUAGACUCAUUGAAAGAGAUCUGUUUGGCCGAGAGGCACUCAAUGUCAUUGCAUGUGAGGGCUCAGACAGAGUUGAGAGACCAGAGACAUACAAACAAUGGCAAGUAAGGAACCUGAGGGCAGGGUUUGUACAGUCUCCGUUAAACCAGGAAAUUGUUGCAAAAGCUAAAGUCAAAGUGAAAGAUAUAUAUCACAAAGACUUUGUCAUAGAUGAAGACAGUGGAUGGCUCCUGCAAGGGUGGAAAGGAAGAAUAAUCUAUGCCAUAACUACAUGGAAGCCCAAUAACAAUUAGGUUCUUUACCUGCCUAUCUCCUAUGCCAUUGUUGACUAGUGCACUGGUGUUUGGAGCUUGACUAGUGCACUGGUGUUUCAAGGAAAUGGCUUGAAGAAUGAAAAGGAAUGUUAUUGCACUGCAGCAGAUCAAUGUGGAAGCCUUCGUAAGAAUUCUGUGUCAGUUACAUCUAUGUAGUCCCUAGCCAUACUAAGAUAAGCUAGAGGAAGGAGCAGUGAUUGAGCUCUCCCUUGGCCAUGGAAUUGGCUUCAAGAGCGAACAAGAUUGUUGUUGCACUGCGCAGGAUGAAUGUGGAAGCCUGUGAAAACAAAUAUUUCUUUCUUGACUGGUAUCAUUCUUCAAAAUGGUGAUGAGCACGGGCAUGGCAUGGCCGCAUGGGCGAUGCAUGUGAACCGGGGAAAAAGAAGGAUAAAUAAAGCUGAUGGCGACAUGGAACCAACCGCCGAGGUUGCUCUUUCUUGUGUGCGCUCAAAGGGAAAAAGAAAGCUCUCGCCACCAUAAUGAACAUGGGGACACAAUCUGGCCGUUUGAUUGAUGAUUUCAGGAUUGGUGUUGUCUUGUGUUGCUGUCCCCAAAUCUGUGAUUCCUUGGUGUAAAGGGAAAGCAGGCAAUGAGAGGUCCAUGAAUUUUCUUCCGCUCCCGUAAUGCUCCUGUGGGUGUUAAUUAACUCGCUUAACCUUUCCAGAUAAUGGGAGAAAAAUGUUUGGGCCUCUGCAUCAGAUUAGUCUGCCUAAUUGGUUCCUAUAUUUUUUAUGAUGAAAGCAUGACAAGGGGCCUGUCUGGUUCACGCUAGGGCCUCUUUAAUUCAAAGGAUUUUGGUAGUAGAAAAUUUGGAGGACUGAAAUCCUAGCCAGAUAUGAUCUGAUCUAAGGAUUCAUUCGCACUACAGAAAUUUCUCAUCCAUCCACUACAACAUCUUGGAAAGAAUACCUAGUUUUUCCUGUGGUUCAAUCAAAUAUACUUUGGUUGUAAGAA